AUGUCUAAUUUGACUUCUGCAUCGGGUGAAGCUAGUGCUUCUUCAGGCAACAGAACCGAAAUUGGCACUGAUUACUCACAACAAUACUUUGCUCCACAAUCAACUCAAACCCAGAUUCCACUAAAGAAAAAGAGAAACCUUCCAGGGAACCCAGACCCGGAGGCUGAAGUUGUCGCGUUGUCUCCAAAGACUCUCUUGGCCACGAAUAGGUUCAUUUGUGAGAUCUGCAACAAAGGGUUUCAAAGAGAUCAGAAUCUCCAACUUCACAGAAGAGGGCACAAUUUACCAUGGAAGCUGAAGCAGAGAACGAGCAAAGAGAUCAGGAAGAAGGUUUAUGUGUGCCCAGAACCAACUUGCGUCCACCACGACCCUUCAAGGGCCCUGGGGGACCUAACUGGCAUCAAGAAGCACUUCUGCAGGAAGCACGGCGAGAAGAAGUGGAAAUGUGACAAGUGCUCCAAGAAGUAUGCUGUUCAAUCAGACUGGAAAGCUCACUCCAAGACCUGUGGCACAAGAGAGUACAGAUGUGACUGUGGAACCCUCUUCUCAAGGAGGGACAGUUUCAUAACCCACAGAGCCUUCUGUGAUGCAUUAGCAGAGGAGAGUGCAAGAUCUGUGACAGGCAUAGACAUACCCAACAACUCAGCUCCAACUCUAACAACACCUCAUCAACAGGGAGCAGGAGUAGUGAUCUCUUCAUCUUCUCAUCAUCAAGACAUCCAUGGUAACAAUUUCCCAUUGAAGAAAGAGCAGCAAGGUUUCAUGCCACCUUGGCUUGGACAACCACCCUCCACCAUUGAUCUCUCUUCUUCCUCAUCAUCAUUCUUCUCUCACCAAGAUCACGUGAGUAGUCUCCAUGAAAACCCUAACCCUAGAGGUGGUGGUGGAGGUGGUCCCACUCUCCCUCCCUACCCAACAGCGCCUUCCUCUCCUCACAUGUCAGCCACAGCGUUGCUGCAGAAAGCAGCCCAAAUGGGAGCUACCAUGAGCAAAACUGGCUCCAUGAUCAGGACCCACCAACAGACUCACGUGUCUGCUGACUCUUUGAAUUUGUCCUCACGUGACGACCAGACGACCCCCACUUCCAACACCACCACUCCCCAUGGCUUGGUACCUUUCGGAAAUAAAGCAGUUCCUGGUGUUAGCGUUGGUGUUUCUCCAUCACUCCUUCACCACGUUAUCAACUCUUACUCUUCCCCUUUUGAAGGGGCUUCUUUUGACGAUCCUUUUGAUGGUGGCGUGACCGUGACGAAAACAACCGCCGCUGAUGACGGUGUUUCCGGCGGAGGAAAUAAUAAUGAGGCCAUGACCAGAGAUUUCUUGGGUCUUAGACCCCUCUCUCACUCUGAUAUUCUCAACAUUGCUGGCAUGGGAAACUGCAUGAACUCCCAGCAUAACCAAACCCAAAACCCUUGGCAAGAAUAA